AUGUUGGAUGUGGCGAAAGACUGCUGGGUGUCAGGCAGCUCAUCCAUCAAGUCCACUGGUGCUCUCAGAAAAUACAACCGGCUUCCCGAACUCCGAUUUUUGUCUUUAGCAGCUAGGUUUACUUGGACUACACUUGGAAAGAUGCUCGUCCUGGUGCUCUCUCUGCUGCUGGGUCUGACUGGAGCAGCAGGGCAGGCACCGGACAGGAGCUGCGCUGAUCUGCGCCAGUUCUACACCGGAAAAGGCUUUACGCUGGCCGGAGUACCACAAACGGAAACCUCCGGUGAACAUCUUACAACCUGUCCCAAGGGUCCAACCUGUUGUACGAACAGCAUGGAAGAAAACCUGGAGGUACUAAGUGGAAGAGAGACAGAGGGCCUGAUCAGGGAGGCCGGCAGGUCACUGCAGGCCGCUUUCAACUCCCUCUAUCGAAGUUUUGACAACUAUUUCACUGAACUUCACAGUCGCUCUGAACGUUCCCUCCAUGAGGUGCUAUCUCCGCUUGGUGCCUCAUACUCCCAGAAUACAAGACUUUACGGAGAUUUGUACUCCGACCUGAAACAGUACUAUCGAGGCUCUGCCCUCAACUUGGAUGAGACGUUGACUGAAUUCUGGUCACACCUUCUGGAACGCACCUUUAAAAGCUCUACUCCGAGAGAUAUCAUCCUGUCUGAGGACUACCUAGAGUGUGUUGCUAAGCAACAGGAGACCUUGCGACCAUUUGGAGAUGUCCCCCGGGAUAUGAAAGAAAAGGUUAUACGGGCUUUUGUCACAGCCAGGUCGUUUGUCCAGGGGCUGAUCAUCAGUGGGGAGGUUGUCAGAAAGGUCUCACAGGUUCCUCUGAGUCCAGAAUGUGUUAAGUCCUUGGUGAAGCUGGUUUACUGCCCACACUGCCUUGGUCUCGCCUCUGUCAAACCCUGUGACAACUACUGCGCCAAUGUUAUGAAGGGCUGCCUCGCCAACCAAGCUGAUCUGAACCCAGAGUGGCAGAAUCUUAUAGAUACCAUGAUCCAGGUGGCAUCUAGUUUCAGCACAGAGCCCAAUCUUGAUUUGGUUCUGUCAUCCAUCCCUUCGCAGAUCUUUGAGGGUGUCUACCUGCUCAAGGAAAACAUUGACACAUUUUCAGCCAAAGUGUAUCAGACAUGUGGAACUCCAGUUGAUACAGGCACAGGAAGUCCUACGGUUCAUGAGUCCAAGAAAAAGAAGAGCGGCUCUCUGGCUGCUUCAGAAUACAAACCCUCUCCCACAGUAAGCCUCAGACUCGAAAUGCAGGUGUCAGAUCUCUCUAGUAAAUUAAGGGAAAUGAGGCAGUAUUGGCUUCAGCUCCCCAUGGCACUUUGCAGCAAAUUGGCAGCAGGUGGCGCCAGCAAGGAUACAUGCUGGAAUGGGAUCACAAAAGCCAGAUACCUUCCUGAAGUGAUGGGAGAUGGCUUGGCUAACCAGAUCAACAAUCCAGAGGUAGAGCUCGACAUAACAAAGCCAGAUAUGACAAUCCGACAGCAAAUAAUGCAACUCAAAAUUAUGAGCAACAGGCUAAAAAAUGCCAUGGAUGGGAACGAUGUAGAUUUCCAGGAUGCAAGUGAUGACAUUAGCGGCUCAGGAAGUGGAAUGUGUCUGAGUGGUCAUUGUACUCGAAGCAGGCCAGGACUGUAUGCAUACCCACAAGACAAUGAGAAAGUCACAGGUGAAGCCACAUGCCAAAGCCACCCGUCUAGCCUUGUUGUAUCGCUCCUCCUGCUGGCUGGCCUGCUACUUCUUCAGCGAUGA